AAAGAAAGUUGAUUAACAACUAAAAAAGACAAAAGAAGCAAAAAAAAACCAUUUAAAGAAUACAAUACCUUUCCUUUGUAGCCUUACCAAAGCUUAGCAUCUAAAACCAGUUCCUCUCCUUAGCCACCAAGAAACCCAUAACUCUACAUAAAACCAUCACAAGCUUCUCCAUUCUUAAGGUUUAUCUUUCAUCUUCGUCUGCAAGAACCUAUUACACUAACAAAACCAACACAUAUCACAAGUACAGAGAAGAUCACUGGAGAUAUGAGUGCAGACUGGGGACCAGUGAUUGUAGCAGUGGCUCUGUUCAUCCUACUCUCACCAGGAUUGCUCUUUCAGCUACCGGCAAGGACAAGAGUGAUGGAGUUUGGUAACAUGAGCACAAGUGGCAUUUCGAUUUUGGUCCACGCCAUUAUUUACUUCUGUAUACUCACCAUCUUGGUCAUAGCCAUACAAAUUCACAUCCAUUUCUGAUCUUCUAGUAUAACAAAGUCGACCUUAUUUGUAUUCAAAGUUUGCCUUUUUCUGCUACUUAUUUUGCUAAUCUCUGAAUUCUUGGCUCAUAGUGUUUCCAGCAGGGUGACAAAAAAAUGGUUAUAUACAAAUAAAUAAUCUGUAAUUUUGUAUUUUCCCAAAUUCAAUUUCUUACCUUUAAUUACAAAGGUUCAGACUUUAACUGGUAUAAAACAUUUACGAGCUCGCGUUACUCAAUCAUGUAAUACUCAAACAACAUCAAUUGGUCUAAAACAUUUUGUAUUUUGAUUGUU